AUGCCCAGCAUCUUCGCCUACCAGAGCUCGGAGGUGGACUGGUGUGAGAAAUUCCAGCACUUGGAGCUGGUGGCCGAGUUCUACAACAUGUUCAGCAAUGUCACCUUCUUCAUCUUUGGGCCUCUCAUGAUGUUUCUGAUGCACCCAUAUGUCCAGAAACGUUCCCGCUACAUUUAUGUCAUCUUCAUCCUCUUCACAGUCGUAGGUCUGUUCUCUAUGUACUUUCACAUGACACUCAGCUUCCUGGGCCAGAUGCUGGAUGAGAUCGCUAUUCUGUCGCUGCUGGCCAGUGGCUAUAGCAUAUGGAUGCCCCGCUGCUACUUUCCUGCCUUCCUAGGGGAGAACAGGCCCCAGUACAUCUGCCUGGUCAUCACCACCACCGUGGUCAGUACCUUCCUGGCCUUCCUGAGGCCCACGACCAACGCCUACGCCCUCAACACCAUUGCCCUGCACAUCGUCUACAUCGUGGCCCAGGAAUAUAAAAAGACCAGUAAUAAGGAGCUUCGGCAUCUAAUUGAGGUCACCAUGGUUUUAUGGGCUUUUGCGUUUACUAGCUGGAUCAGUGACCGCUUGCUUUGCAGUUUCUGGCAGUGGAUUAAUUUCUCCUACCUGCACAGCAUCUGGCACAUCAGCAUCACCUUCCCCUACGGCACUGUCACCAUGGCCAUGGCGGAUGCCACGUAUGAGAUGCCGGACAAAACUCUCAAAGUCUGCUACUGGCCUCAGGACACUUGGCCCAUGGGGCUGCCCUACGUGGAGAUGAGUGAUGACAAGAAGAGCUGCUGAGGUCCUCCCACUUCUUGGCCCCCCAGCCACCUGCGUCUUGGAAGACAGAAACCUGAAUGGGGAGACUGAGAGACGCACGCAGUUCCACCCCCCAGCUCCAUUUCCCCAUCCUCCUGGCCCUCCGUGGCCCCAUCCCGAGGCAGGGGAUGGACUUCACAGCCUCUCUGUGCUGUAGUCUGAUGACCCUGGGCGGCUGCCUGGCAGAGCUCCCCUCCACAACCUGCCCCUGUUCUCUUUCACUUCCUCUUCCGGGUUCACUGUUGUCACAGGACCAGGCUGGAUGACCUGGUGCUGUGAUUCUGUGGCA